AUGGGCAUUCAGAACGCACCUGGCGUGAUGCGCCUUUACCCAAUGGAUGGUGAAGUCAAGGCUGGGUUGAAGAUGGCAACCUCCUCCAACGAACAAGAACACGCAAAGGAAUUUGACCGCCAAGCCGCCAAAGAUGGCCUCCGCCAUGCCGAUGACCUGGGUAUCGGCGCGUACUUUAUGGCAGCAAAUGCUCUGACUACCAUUGCUCUCAGUAUCGAUGAUGCCUCUGUUGCCUACCAACUGGAUGCCAAGCGUCGCAACAUCACUUCUUCGCUUCACUCUCUUGCAGUCGAGUACUUCAAGAAGAACACAAACCAGUACCCUGCCCUCAAUGAUCCCGUACAGAAAGCUGUCGUUGGCGAAGAACUUGACGACACAGACAAUCUUGAGUCUUGCAUGAAGACCAGGCUACCUACCUUCUAUACAUGGCUGCCACCCUCGAUCCGUGAUUUCCUCCAGGCAUUCCCCGGCCUCGCUCACGCUCUCAACGAGGGUGUUUUCAAGGGUGAAGCUAUUGGCCUUGUCGAGUCUCUCAGCUCAGUCCCUUGUGGUUGGGCCUUCGUGACUAGUGGCCCCGGCUCUGGCAAGACUACAGCGGCAAUGGCGAUCGUCAAGGCAGUCACAUCGCAACCAGCUCGGCUUUCUGAGGGAACGGUGCCCGCCACAACCGGUGAACAGGAAGGACACACAGCUGCUAGCAACGAGGUCAAUGAAGCUGCGAAUGACGACGACGAUUCUGAGGAUGAUGGUCUAGAGUAUACCAGACCCGAGGGCGGCUUUUCUCUCACGAUUACCCCAAAGACUGUGGAAGGCGAUGGUGACGGCAAUACCACCGCUCGGGCAGGGUCUUCACGCUCGACUCUAGAUCACCGCUGGUGA